GGCCGAGGCGGGCGCGCGCGGCGUUGACAGCUGAGUCGGCCCCCCUCGGUGCCCGGCGCUCGAGCCCCUCCAACCCCGGGCCUGGUGGGCCUCGGAGCCAUGAGCCCCGGAUUGCUGCUGCUCCUCGGCAGCGCCGUCCUGGUCGCCUUCGGCCUCUGCUGCACCUUCGUGCAUCGCGCUCGCAGCCGCUAUGAGCACAUCCCCGGGCCGCCGCGGCCCAGCUUUCUCCUAGGCCACCUGCCCUGUUUCUGGAAGAAGGAUGAGGCGAACGGCCGCGUGCUACAGGAUGUCUUCCUGGACUGGGCCAAGAAGUACGGCCCUGUGGUGAGGGUAAAUGUGUUCCACCAAACCUCGGUCAUCGUCACGAGCCCCGAGUCUGUCAAGAAGUUCCUGAUGUCUACCAAGUACAAUAAGGACUCCAAGAUGUACCAUGCCAUCCAGACGGUGUUUGGCGAGAGACUCUUCGGCCAAGGCCUGGUGUCUGAGUGUGACUAUGAGCGGUGGCACAAGCAACGUCGGGUCAUGGACCUGGCCUUUAGCCGCAGCUCCCUGGUCAACCUCAUGGAGACAUUCAAUGAGAAAGCAGAGCAGCUGGUGGAGAUUCUGGAAGCCAAGGCAGAUGGACAGACACCGGUGUCCAUGCAGGACAUGAUGACCUGCACCACCAUGGACAUCCUCGCCAAGGCAGCCUUUGGCAUGGAGACCAGCAUGUUGCUGGGCGCCCAGAAGCCUCUUUCCCAGAAGGUGAAGCUGAUCCUCGAGGGCAUCUCCGCGUCCCGUAACACCCUGGCCAAGUUCCUGCCAGGCCACUGGAAGCAGCUGCGGGAGAUCCGCGAGAGCAUCCGCUUCCUGCGCCAGGUGGGCAAGGACUGUGUGCAGGGCCGGCGUGAGGCGCUGCAGCGGGGCGAGCACGUGCCCCCCGACAUCCUCACGCAUCUGCUCAAAGCCGAAGAGGGAGCACCCAAUGACGAGGUUCUCCUGGACAACUUCGUCACUUUCUUCAUCGCUGGCCACGAGACCUCAGCCAAUCACCUGGCCUUCACGGUGAUGGAGCUGUCACGGCAGCCGGAGAUCGUGGCCAGGCUGCAGGCUGAGGUGGACGAGGUCAUCGGGUCCAAGAGGCACCUGGACUGCGAGGACCUGGGGAGGCUGCAGUACCUGAGCCAGGUCCUCAAGGAGUCACUGCGGCUGUACCCGCCAGCCUGGGGCACCUUCCGUCUGCUAGAGGAGGAGACCCUGAUCGAUGGGGUGCGGGUCCCCAGCAACACCCCGCUGCUGUUCAGCACCUACGUGAUGGGGCGCAUGGACACGUACUUCGAGGACCCGCUGACCUUCAACCCCGACCGCUUCAGUCCCAAGGCCCCCAAGCCACGAUUCACCUACUUCCCCUUCUCCCUGGGCCAUCGCUCCUGCAUCGGGCAGCAAUUCGCACAGAUGGAGGUCAAGGUGGUGAUGGCGAAGCUGCUGCAGCGCCUGGACUUCCGCCUGGUCCCCGGGCAGCGCUUCGGGCUUCAGGAACAGGCCACGCUGAAGCCGCUGGAUCCCGUGCUAUGCACGCUGCAGCCCCGCGGCUGGCAGCCCGCGCCCCCGCCCCCGCCCUGCUGAGGGCGCCGCGCCCUCCUCGCACUCUGCACCCUUCUGCCCCGUCCUGGGGCGCUGCCUCCACGCUGCCUCCCAGCCGGCCCUCUGCCAGCCACUGCCUGCUUCACCCCCACCCCCUCCGGCGAACCCAUCCACGGCUCACGCCACUGCUCUUCCUGGACCGGGACCCCGACCCCCAAAGGCCCCCCCAGAUGUGCCGUGUCUCUCACUCCCCGUCCCCUCUGCCAAGACUGCCUACCGCUUCUUGCAGCAUUAGCCUUCCCAGGCGUCAUCCUCUCCUCCAGGAAGCCCUCCCUGCUUCCCUGCCGGCCGGGCCAGGGGCCCCAUCCUCUGUGCUCCCUCACUCACCUGUGCUACCUCUAACACCACACUGACCACA